CGCGCGAAGCUCUGGUUUUUGGGAGUGGUACGAAAAUCAAUCUGCGCUUCCCCACCCGCCCAGCUACACUAGAAAGUUUAUGAGCGUUUACACGACUGACUGCUCCCUUUGCACUCGUGGAUUAUACCCGCAAUUUAAAAGGGACAAUCUCCAUUGAUAUCUGACCUUUAACCUAUCAAGGCUGGAUUUGUGUGCUCACCCCUCUGGAGCGGAACCACUGCCACCACAGUCACUGCCGUGCUGCCAUUGGACGAGGACGCUGCUCUCGCUGCCCGAGCACCUAGACACCGGCAAGUUCUUCAUCGAGGCUCCCACAGCUAUCUGACUUAGAGAUGGACAGCAGCAACAUGUCACUUUUACCUCUGCUUCUACUCUGCCUUGUCAUCGCCACUUCAGGGUUGCCCCUUGUCUCUCCCCCAGCAUCCCAGCAGACGUGUGAGCCAGUGAAGGUUCCUGACAACCAGAAUGCCUGGAUCAGGGUGAGGGAGAUGCCAACAGGCUGCUGGACCAGCUACACCACUAAGGACAGUAAAGAGGUGCACAUCCUCAGCCUGCACUUCCUUCCUGGGGCUUCCACCAUGUUUGAACUAAACAUGACCACUGCCAAGCCAAUGCACCUCAUCAUCACCACAGACUCAGAGCAGGUCAUAUACUUUCUGACCAAUGUUAACGUGGAUGUCAGCUUAUACGUGGCCAACAACUCCAAUAUAAUGUUUUAUGGUUCAAAUGGCAACAACCAUAGAAAAGCGCUGCCCACAGACAACGAAGAUCUAGUGAGGUGGGCCACCGAGGAGUUUGGUGGGGUGACGUCUUUCACCACCAUCCAGAACCCAACGAUCAUCGCUUCCACAGGGAGAGAGGGAACAAGACUCCUUCCAACUGGCUCCAACAACUGUACACUUGAAAAUGAAUGGCACUCCCUCAAGCACUAUCUGACAUUCAAAUCAAACAUACCUUCAUCGAUCAAGUCCUGCUCGAACCAGCCUCUCAACAGUCACACUGAGAAAGAACUAUAUAUCGUUAACAUCCCUGAGGAUGUCAGCAUUCGCUAUGUCUCUGUGCACGUCAUCAGUGAGAGGCAGAUCAGUCUGUUCCUAAGAGGUCCCCAGGGUACCACGUGGAGCAUCCAUGACCCACAGCACACCAGCUUCUUUUCUAACAACGUGAUCAUGCUUGCUGCCACCAACAUGAUGCAUACGAUCCCUCCCACGGUCACCAUCACCACAGACAGUGCCGAUGCUGUACAGAAGAAGGCCUUGGACCACUUCAAAGCAAGCACCAUCACAAGCUACUCUGAGAUCCGAACCGAGGGCACCAUGGUCACACUGGUCCUGGGGAAUAAGGACCACACACCAGUCACAGAGACUGCACCCACCGAGACCACCCCAUCACCCCCUAGCCCCCCUCAGAUGCCUCUGAUCAUGCAGCUGUACACCUCUCCAGACUACCGCUCCCCCCUGGACCUCAACGCCAAGGUGCAGAGUGACAAGAGGAUCUACGCAGAGAUCUCAGGGAGGAUGCUGGGAGAGAUUGUGCUGACCAUCGAGGUGAUCAACUGCUCGGUGCGCUCCAAGGGCUCAUGCCCGGUGGUCAGAGACAUACCCUUCAGGUCAGAGAUGUGCUCCUCCACCAUGUGCCCCAACAGUACCAGGGUUAGCUUCUCCCUAGACCUGCUCCAUGACCUGGCGUCCACUAGCUGGGACCUGGAGUGCUCCGUCAAACUCUGCUUCAGUGAGAAAUGUGGAGAUGGAGGAAGAGUGAAGAGGAAUUUGGAGGUCACCCAGACAUACAUCCCACCACCAACUGUGUGUAUUGACUUUGGUCUGUCAGCCGUGCUGGGCAUUGCUUUCGGAGGCUUCCUGAUUGGAGUUCUGCUUAUUGGAGCUCUGUGGUUCAUCAAGAUCCGCACAGGAUACCCCACCGGACUGGAUGUCGGGUCGACUGCAGUAAACCUCUCAGGAUGUCCUUGCUCUCUGACCAGCAAACGGCAACCCGUUUCUACGAACCCCUCCCCCUCUCAGAACAGUAGUGCUAAUGCCAGCAUUGGCAGCACUCACAGCACGCCAACCAGCAGCAUGGCAUGAGAUCAUCAGCACCACCGUCUCCCCUUUCCGACACCCCGAGGGGCCUUGUGCUAUUUGGCCGCUCUUUCACCAUGCUUAAGAAAGCAUUACCCCCCUCUCUUUAGUCACACCACAAACACGCACCCGCUCUCACCCGUAACCCCACCUGAUAGUGGUGAGGUCGGGGGCGGGAAGGGGUGGGAGGAGCAGGAAUGGGAGGGUGGGGGGCGGCUCUAGUCUAGUCCAGGCACCUAACAUUCACCUCUCUAGCCUCCCAGCAAAAGUUCCAGACGGAAAGUCAGGGAGGGUGAAAAAAAAAGACCCCGGCUCCCAGCAACAGGAAAAACAAAGCAUAUCCCCUAAGAACUAACAGGAAAUUCAUUGCAUUCUUCUGAAUAAAUUGUGCCUCUCUGAUGGCGGCACAAUAAGAGUCAGUCAGUGAAAAAAAGAGACAAAAGAUUGACUUUUAAAAACAUUAUUAGAGAAACUGUUUUUGUCUCUCGACAUCCACAGUUGUUUUGAUUGGAAAUGUCAGGGCCCCUUAUUGUAGGCAAUUUAGAGAUACCUGUUUAGAGAUACCUAAAUUGUAGGCAAUUUAGAGAUACCUGUUCUAUCACAUUGACUGUAGUUUUAAUUAAAAUUGUAUUACUGUAUAUGGGUGGCUGGAAGACACCUUGUCAGAUUUGAAGACUUUAGACAGAUCAACAAAGCUAAAAUAUCCAAUGUUCUCCUCCAAUACCAAGGGGUAUCUGUCUUUAUAUGAGUCUGAUUGGGAAAAGGCUACCUCUUAAUUUAUGUAGAUGUCGGAUUGUUAAGCACAAGCAUGAGAAUGGGUUAUUCUGGUGAGCUAGUCAGAUACCUUAUUUUUUUGUUUCUCUCUUUCAUUCCGUUUCACUUGAGUUACAAUGCAUCCGGAAAGUUUUCAGACCCCUUCCCUUAUUCCACAUUUUGUUACAUUACAGCCUUAUUCUAAAAUUGAUACAAAUAUUUUAAUAACUCAUCAAUCUACAAACAAUACCACAUAAUGACAAAGUGAAAACAGGUUUUUGCUAAUUUAAAACAAAAUGAUUGACUUAUUUACAUAAGUAUUCAGACCCUUUGCUAUGCGAUUCUAAAGUCAGCUCAGGUGCAUCCUUUUUCCAUUUAUCACCCUUUUCUACACCUUGAUUGGAGUCCACCUGUGGUAAAUUAAAUUGAUUGGACAUGAUUUGGAAAGGCACACACCUGUCUAUAUAAGGUCCCACAGUUGACUGUGCAUGUCAGAGAAAAAACGAAGCCAAUAGGUCAAAGGAAUUCUUGGCGCUCCAAGACAGGGUUGUGUCAAGGCACAGGUCUGGGGAAGGGUACCAAAACAUUUCUGCAGCAUUGAAGGUCCCCACGAACAGUGGCCUCCAUCAUUCUUCAAUGGAAGAAGUUUGGAACCACCAAGACACUUCCUAAA